AUGCUCAGUAAACGGCUUGAACGACUGGAGGAGAAUCUUGCCGCAGCCGCUGAAAGCAAAAGGCAUGUCUUCCUACUACCACGUCCUAUGUCUACAGAGCUAGGGAAUACCUUGAAAAAAAGUGUGCCGCCCAGGAGCAGCUGAUGCACGAACUAGAACAGAAGGCCCAGGAAGUCAGAACAGCCACAGUUUCUGCUCAAGAAAAGUUUACCGAGGUUUUUCUUGUUCAUUUCUUUACCGAAGUUAUGACCUGUAGGCAUUCCACCGCUUGAAGGAGAUUGACGAGCAAGUAGAUCGACUUGAGCACACAAACGAGCGAAAGGAAAGGUACUGUUGUCUUCAUGACGUUUACGUUUCUAAGAUCGAUAAGAGAGCUCGAAGGUUUGUGUAUCAUGUAUGCCAACAAGUCAAAAUCCCUUGAGGCAUCUGAAGUCGCUGUAAGUGUGCCGUGGUAUUUUCAUCUUCUUGUAAUUCACAUCAUGAUUUUGUCUCGGCUUCCGCUUGUAUGGUGUUUUUGUUCUCCCUAAGUGUCCAUUUUUACUCGAGUGCCGUAGGUUUUCGUCCUAAGACAAGCAAUCCGUAAUAGAAGACGCUCAGUUGACCUAAAUGUUUGGCACAGGACGGGUAUCUUGCAUCCCAUCCGACGUUCUAAUCCACAUUUCGAUAUCUUCAAGUAGGUAAUCCGACUCUUAGCCCUGAGCGUUUUACGCUCUUCUCACUUAAACCACAUCUGAAACGUCACUGUCUAUUGUUAUCCAUCGUCACAUUACCACUUUUUCAACGUGUACGUUUAAAAAGUUCUUCAUCUUAUUCUUGAAACUUCAGGUCAGAGAAACUGUCACUGCUAUGGAGAAGGAAAUCAGGGAGUUGGGUGAAAAGCUAAGUGAGGUACGCCGCAUAUUUCGCAGUUAUUUGUAACUAUGGUAACCAAAUUGUCAGUGGUUUAUUACUAGAGUAGUUGCCAAUUUUUCUCCUUAACAUCUCUAUUAGUUUUAGCCCAGCCUUCGUGCUUCUUAUGGAUAGCCCCAGAACGACGGCUUCUGAUUAUUUAAUCUAGGAUGGUGUUUUUCUCACCAGGUGGCUACUGUCAGCGCUGAACAUGAAGAGUAUAUGAUAUGGUAGGGGGCGCUCACCGAUCGUUCAUACGGAACUCACUCGUUCCGUUGUGCCUUAAGGGCUCUCUCUCGAGCCCAACCAGCAGCCGCACAGCGGCGCAUGAUAUAUAGGCAGAAUAGUAUUACCGCCAAAGACAAGGGAGACUGGAAUGGCCAUUUCUGGCUUAUUAGCCGUCGUCAGCCAGCCAUACCCAAGCCCGAAGUGUGGAACACCCGAGCCUCGAACUCGCGACCUGUUGGUUUAGAAGUCCACGCCUCUACCCACCGGGCCACGAGCCCGUUGCCAGAAAUGGCCAUUCCAGUCUCCCUUGUCUUUGUCGGUAAUACUAUUCUGCCAGUAUAUGAUAUUUGUAUUUGUUACGGAUGCAAUUAUGCCUGGCCCAUCCGGUCUCAACGACAUCGCGCAUUGCGACUAAAGGUUUGCAUCUUGUGGCAGUGGAUCAGGGGACCUCAAAUCACUGUUAUAAUCGGGAUCGAAGGCCAAAUAUGACAGACUAAAGAACCGCCUUAUCUCGACAGACUGCACGAUCGAGCUUCCGAGCUUUUCCAUUUGGAAGACGCCAGAUUUGGGGCAGAUGCACUUAAUGGUCCUGAUGCCUAAGGACGUGUUAAUGUAUGCUACCCGUCGCUGUCGGAUGGCGCGCAGUAUCCUCGCAACAUUGUCACAACAAGUGCAUACUGUCUUAGUGCGACCGGGAUAUUUGUACGUCCCUCAAAGGGUGAUUCUCAUCCAGCGGUGAAUGGAAACCUCAAUUUUACGUCCAACCUUCAAGCGUACGUCUUAGCACUCAGUCUCAGUCGGCUGAUCAGACGGCUUCCCGGCACAGGCUGAUACCGCUGACGAUUAAAUUUCUGUGGCGGUCCCAUAGCCACCUUAGAGUACUCGCAGAACACCGCAACAGCAUCUAAGUGCGCAGUAAUGCCUUCCCUAGUCAGUUUGAUUUGUAAUGCCACGGCUCCGAAACUGCCUAUUUCCUGUCAAUAACGGUCCAGAAUCUCGAGGGGUGCCUUUUCCCGGUUACAACUUCAACUCAGUGACGCUUUUUUUUCGCUGCGUUCAUGGUAUCGACUAGCAUAGAGACUUAUCUCGUCCGGACGCCUGACCUUGUAAGUUUUAAUAGUUCGACAUUAGCAUACCGACAUCGUCAGCGUAGGAAGAUAUCGCUUUCGAGAACUAAACAGGCUAAAGGGUGCAUCCGUUUCGGACGCCUAAUGUAACUGUCAGAAGAGAUACCCGUAUAUAAGAACUCAAGCGGUGACCGAACAAUAUUAUAUCGUGACUAUCACAACAAAGUUUUGGUGUGCCUUUUAAUCUUUCCACUAAUAACGACAGGCUCUUCGCCGAAACCAACGAAACAGACAGCCAUUAACUGCUACAAGCGAUAACUGGGCUCGAGAACAUGCCGCGGUACGAAUAUCUGACUGGCGGACCCGCACGCGAUCCAGGACCCAGUGUGGUUCGGUCGCAUUUCUACACCACACACACUUUGGAGCCGUUUAAUAAAGUCCAUUACAUCGCUGCCAAGUGGACUUGUGCGACGGCGGUUCUUGUACUUCGCUGUAACUGUAUACACCGACGAUGGUGGCGAAUUUGGCUCCCCGAAGAGACAACGUACUUACUUAUGCAGGGUAAGAAAUCAGUCUUUGAUGCCCUCCGACAAACAGGACAGUCGUUCCGGAUGGCGUCGCCGGGCGGCUGCUCCAGAGGAAGGUAAAGUCGGCACCCACAUCCCGCAAUUGACCUUGUUCAGAGAAGCGGGUCUUGCUGAGGGCAGCGAUGUCCACCUUCCAGCGUGCCAGUUUUCGAGCGACGAACGCCCUUCUCCGUUUUCACAGGUCGUUCCCAGAAUUGUCUGAAGGAGGACGAAAAUUCUAUGCUCUCAGCGUUAGCGGAGUCACCCUAUCAAACUGCAGGGGGAACACAGGAGAGGGGCACAAGGGCUAUUUUUGCUCUUUGUUAUUUCUCUACCCCGAGUUUUGGCAUAUACGAGUCACGAUAUACCUGCAGCUGGUGGGAAUUCCCAGCAUUUGUUUUGGAGACCUUUUCUAGCCCCUUCCCCACCAGGGGGGGGGGGCAAGCAGUGCCGUCCCCCCCCCCACCCAGACGGUAGCCGAACCCCACAAUGGGUCACAGCUGUGCUUAAUGAAGAGUGACCCGAGUUAGCCUGGGCCGCCUACUGAAAGGCAUGUUGCCCUCACCGUAAGAAUUUUCGAGGUGAAGGAGAGGGAAGAGGGUAGGAAGAGAACGGGAUGAUAGGAAUGGGAAUGUGAGCAGAAUUACCGGAAUGUUUGGACACAACACGGGGUUGUAGACGGAGCCUCAUCUCGCAGAUGCCGAGGCAGGGAUACAUCCGGCCAGCGGUGGUGGGAGGGGAGCCGGGUUACCGUGUGUGGAGAUGCACAUACGGACACUCACCUGUUUUAGCUCGCCGGUCGAGGCGGUUACCGGAGUGUGACCGCUAGGCAGAGCCUAUAUUUGGGGAGCUACAAGUGAGAGUUGGGUGCCGGUUAAGUGUCGUGAGGAACAGUCACCAUCUGCGUGGUGCAACCUACUACUCAUGCACGGGUGCCCCCUAACCGGACAUCCCUACAUCCCAUUUAGAAUGAUAGUCGUUUGUCUCCAAACGGUCCCACUGGUGGAUACGACCGCUGUUGCAUCCCCUACUGUGAACUUGCAGCCGCUUCUAACGACUAGUUUUUUCUUCCCUGACUACAAAGAGCAAUUUGCGCAGCUUCAUUUUCGGCUGUCAACACCAAGGCAGGCUGUCGACAAGUCAGUUUGUUUGCCUGAGAUUCCUGCAUUAGGUGUUAUUUUAAUGACGCAUACGUCGAAUUGAACUACUGAUUUUGGCGUGUGCCAGUAGUUACUGUAGAAGCUUCUAACGGUAGCAAAGACAGUCUGGCGCUGUACUAGAGCACAUCAAUCAACAGGAAUAUACACCGCAGCGUUUGCCUUACUACUAACCUUUGUCUGCGCACGACAAUCUGUUUACAGUAAACGCCUUUUACGAUUAUUUUCUUUUCCUCUUUUCAUCUAUAGAAAACAUGUUUGUCACGUAAUUUCGCCUACACGAGCAAAUACGGAAUGCCAAAACUACUUAAAAUCUAAAUUUUUGACAAAUCUAGUUGCAGAAUGACUGUUAACUAGCAAGACGUCAGUGCAAAACACAUUUUCUGAAAUGGUGCGUAAAUUGUCGCAAUUCACGCGUCAACUUCAUUCAAGAUGUGGCUGCUGAAUACUCGAGGUCGGCGAUCGCUGUUCUCGGGACUUAUAACCUACCUUGACCGAGCAUUUUAAAAGAAGCACAUCCAUGUGAAUAGAUCAUCUGCUAGCAGCCCACUUUUCUCUAUUCUAAUCAGCUCUACGUACACGUGCAAACCAUUUCCGAUUGUUACCGUUGAAGCUACAAAAUUAGAUCUUCUAUCCCAUUGUUUCAUCCUCAUUCUACGAACUGGCAGCGUAAUAACGGAUCUAUUUUUGAUGCAGAUUGUCUGCGUCACCCGGUAGCGUUUGGUAAUUUUUAUUGCUAACUUCCUGGCUUCUUCUAGAGCGGCCAUAGAGGUCUUCCUAAACUGAUAAUGUUUUCUAUGUUGCAUUUUUACCUACUCGCUAAUGUGCCCGACUCACUCCAAAAGAAACGAGUUUGUGCUUUUAGACAGUUACCACUACUUUUGCAUCUCCUGUAGGCCACCCGUCGUGCACGUGAGGCCGAAGCAGAAGCACAUGCGCACCAGCUAGAAUUAGCUAAUUUGGAAGGUAAGGACACCCUCCUUUGUCUACAUUUACCUUGAAUUUUUGUCCACACACACAUCACGUUUAGUUUUCCUGUUUUCUAUGGACUGAGCCAUUUUCUGUGGUAGAUCAUCGUUUUACUUUCAAUGAAAUCUUCGUUUUUUGAAUCCCGUGUAGACGACUGUGUACCUAGAGUAAGAAGAAUUACCAGUCCCGCUCACCUUGGAUGUCCAUAGAGUACUUCUAGAUGGUGAGGCACCUGACGUAGAAGCUUAAAGCCCCCUUUAGCACCGUCAGAUGCUGGCAUGACUAACAGAAGCAGUUAUUGAAGAAGUUCGUUGGGACCGAUUUAGCGUUGGAAUACGUAGCCUUUGGGGUCUGGCGGUUGGAUGUGCCUUACAUGCCGGAAAAGGCAAAAUACAAGGUUGAACUAUGGGGCCGUCUAAGUUGCUGAGCAGAAAUCUCCUCCAAACAACCCAAUUUCAUUUCAGUAAUUCGGAUGGCUUAUUAUAUCGCCUAGAAACGCUAUUACACCUAGCGGAGACAUUAGUGUUCCUCUCUUGUAUGAUCAUGGAUAUUUAUGGUGAUGAAGCCAGUCCCCAAAGUUAACUGCCGGCCACCCGACGCGUUCUUGGACGCCUGGUGGCAGAAUGGUCUUCAGCUGGAUCCAGCCGCGUAUAAUACUAGCUGUUAUGUCCGGAUGACCGGUUAUUGAUUAACAACUGCAGUGCUAUCUGACACAUGUCGCUGUCGCCUUAUAACCACUUGCUACUCCUACGUGGACUAUUUUGCGAACGCUACCUUGCCUAUAGCUACCAAGGUGCUAAACAAUCAGAGACGAUAACCUCAAACAAAUGAGACGACUACAAUCCUGUGUAGUCUAUUAGGCUUCACUGAUGUCUUGCAACUUGCUCUUAAAACCACUGUCGCCUGUGACAGCGGAUUCAACCAGCUAGAAUUACCUUGUUCGACAGCGAAAAGUGAAUACGCAGGGUCGAAGAACCAUUGGGAUAUCUUGGUAGGUCUCGUUUAUCAGGCUUUGUGCUAACUGUUUAGUCUUAGCCCCUAGUGGGGGAUCUGUGGUUGACUAAUUGCGGUAGCACUUGCAUGAACGGAGAGAAAUGUGUCAGAAACAGUUAACCGGUUUUCCUAGAAUGGUCGCAGACACGCCUGCGAAGUUUUCGUGCCGAUUUGGACUCUCACCUGAAAAGAAAUCUUUACAGUUCACGCCAUUCUCCUCCUUUCAGGGAGCUUAUCAAAAGAGUCUAGUGCUAUCACUACACUAGUCCCAUCAACAUUUUUACGAGGACCAACAGACUACAGCGUUUUAUCCAGGUAGAAGACAUCACUAAGCUGAGUUAUGAGCUGGACGUCCAUUCACCGACCGAAUAUCGGCACUGCAACAAAUCCUAGAAUUGCGCCACUUCUCGGCAGCUGAGGCCUGUCCGCUUCUUUACUUUAACCACAGUUUUCGUUUGCGUUCAUGAGACCUCUGUGGAUUGUUGUGGUCGAAACCCACCUGUGUCACUGUUUUGCCUAAAACCCUUUGGUUACCGUUUCUCCUGUCGCCCAUCCUGUUUAACUAUGGCGUUAACUGGAUUCUCAAAAAUCCUCAUGCUUCUGGCGGUAUCUGACUUGUGCCUGGGCACCGGCUGCCUGACUUCGACUACCAAGUAUCGUUCUACUAGCUUAAAUCUGCGAAAAUCUGCAGAAAGUCGUGUCUCGAAUGAACAAGGUCGCAACAUCAGUUGGUUUAUCCUUGAACGCUGCAAGAACUGAGGUAUUAUCGAUAUACAACUCCGACCGGAAUAAGACAUCCUUCGUGAUCAGUGGCUAGCAACUUGUCUUACCUGGCGACAUUCAUUCUCAAAUGUGGCGUCUUACCUGAAGAGACUUGACAGACUAGCCGGUAUAUUUGUCAGUGGUGACUGGUCGCUCUAGUUUCUUGUCCGAAGGGUAUUUUCGGCCGUUGGAGAAAGUCAGUUCACUUCUCGACCAAAAUCUGUAAUAUUAUGGUUAGUUAAGAGCUGCGAAUUUUCUUCCAAGGCGACGUUUCAAGACCCGAGCCAAACUACUUUCUUUAUCUUCCCCCGUAUGUCAUUCUUUUCGGUCGGAUGGGGUUAUGUAGCCACACCUGAGGUAAGCAACCCCCAGCUGCCUGUAAUACGGGACCAGUGGUAAUAGGGGUUUUUACAGGUGGGGCCGGGAAAACACAAGGGCGACGAGGUCAUGUAAUUGUAUUCAAAAAAGCUAUUGGGAAUGUGCGGUUGUACUUUGAGUGAUUGAGAAAUAUUUGCCCUAAUUCCUAACCGUAUUUUGCCUAUCAGGUGCGGCUACAUAACCACAUGCUCUAUUCUCCUGUUAGGUGGCUGUCUUUAGUCGGGGGAACGCAAUGCCGCCCCCACGUAUUCGUAUAGACAAUAACAGUGGCCAUAUAGCAUUGGUUUUCAGAAGUCCUUGCGUCCAACAAGAAGAAUGGGUUUCCUAGGGUGUAGUUACAUACUAAUUUAUGGUUUAUAUUAUCAUUAAGAUGGUGUAACAACUAGUAGAUAUAGUGGGUAUGGAAUAUCAAGGUCGGCGAAUGACCAUCCAGAUUGGCGGCGGCCCUACUCUUCACAAGCAUCUGGAAAGCCGUGACACGUCCUGCAAUCACGCUAGAUCGACGUACAGUGAGUGAUGGAUCUCACGAAAUGUUGACCGAAAUUCUGAAAUGCGUUUUUGAUUAGGGAGGAUUACUUAGGUACGGUUGCAAUAUGGAUUAUCGUGCGGCAUAAUCCUACAAGGUUUCUGACUCACCAGGAUGUCGCCUUUUAAAUGCACUCCUUUUUGACCUCCUGUAGAAACCGCAGUCGGUGAUUAGCAUGCAUUCUUCACAUUUAUCUUUAAUGGUCCUAUAAAUUUAAAUUUAUUUUAUAGAAAAAAUCAUAAAAAUGUGUUUUUUUUACUCAUUUGGUGGAGAAUUACCUUAUUUUUACAUUUAAUACCUGAAAAAGUGUCUAUUUAGGUUUGGAAAAAGUUUCUCAAUGCCCGAAUAAUUUUGAGGUUGUUCAGCCGUUGCACUAGCUCUCGGCGAUUUAAGUUUACAAGGUGCUUGCUUUCGGCGUAAGGAAAAUUAUUUAUUCUCCUGUGUCCUUAAAAAUAUGCCAUGAAGAGUUUAUAAAAUAUUGCAAUGGAUGCGGAUUAUGUUCCACAUUUCAUGAAAAGCAUUGGCAAACGGACAUGUGCGAUGCUGUAUGAAUGGACAUUGCGCGGUCUUAAAAAUCUCAUGAUUAAAAACUUUCUUAAAAGCUAGAUACACCCUUUCUUUCUCUACCAAACGAGCAAAAGAUGGGAUAUUUUUAUACAUUUUUUCUAUAAAAUGUAUUUGAAUUUAUAAGACCAUUAAAAAUUAAUGUGAAGAAUGCAUGCUACUCACCGACUGCGGUUUCUACAGGAAGUCAAAAAGGAGUGCAUUGAAAAGCCGACAUCCUGGCGAGUCAGAAACAUUGUAGAAUUAUGCCGCCCGAUAAUCCAUAUUGUAACCGUACCUAAGUAAUCCUCCCUAAUCAAAAACGCAUUUCAGAAUUUUGGUCAACAUUUUAGGAGAUCGGUCACCCACUGUAAUCCGCUCCCACAUGACUUUGAGUGUUCCCAUUUGCCGCCAACAGAAUGUGAGUAUAUUCCUUCAUGUUAGUGCCUUGAGUCGAUGACCGAAUGGCCGCGGCGUCAAAUCGCGGGUCUGAUGGGUGUGAGGUUGGAUAUGACCAUGACAUCUGAGCCGGAAAUGAAUGCCUCAGUCUUCGUCGGAAGAUAUUGCGACGAAGCAUAUUAUUUUCUUUUUGAAAGCACGUCUCCGAACUUUGGCCGACAGCACUCCCAUAUCUGGCCAUCUGUUAUCAAGCACUAUUGUGACGGUAAUGACUGCACCAGUUUGCAUAGUUGUAUAUAACAUGUCAAGUUCACUUAUCAGUCGUUUUGAUCCAGAUGAACUGGUCGAGUGGAAGGAGAAGAACACAACCCUACGCUCCGAAGUUGGGCGGAUGAGUGGUGAUGCCCAAGAAAUCUAG